AUGGUGCACCAGGAGGAGCUGCCGCAGGCAUGGUGGUUCGACAGCCACAACCUCGCCAGGCCAUCUCCAUGGCUGAACAGGACGCUUUCAGAGCUGGAUGACAAGACGAAGCAAAUGCUGAAGCUGAUCGACCAAGAUGCGGACUCGUUCGCCCAGCGCGCUGAAAUGUACUACAAGAAGCGGCUGGUGCUGGUGGACAUGCUGGGCGACCUGUACCGCACGCACCGCUCGCUGGCGGAGCAGUACAACCUGCUGAAGCACAGCAGCGGCACGCGGCACACGGUGUUCGGCCUGUCUUCCUGCACGCCUCGCUCCUCCUGCUCGGCCUCCAUGUACGACUCGGAGUCUGAAGUGGAUGACCCCGAGCAAGACGAAGACGAGGCAGAGACCAAGACGGAGCCGUCGUUGCCGGAGCAGGAGCAAGAGCGUGAGCAGGCGGAGCAGCAGAUGCGCGCGGAGAUCGAGAUUCUGAAAGCGGAGAACGCGGCGCUGCAGAAGGCGGCCGAGGAGAGCGCGGCGGCGCUCAGGGCGGAGCUGGCCCGGAAGGACGAGGAGAAGAGGGAGGUGAUCAGGCAGCUGGCGUCGUCCAUGGACGUGAUGAGGCAGGAGAACCUGACGCUGCGCGAGCACAUCGUCAGGGGAUCAUCGUCCAAGCAUUCCUCAUCUGCACCCCGCGCGGCGUUCGAUCUCAGGAAGGUGGCCAGGGGCCUCUUCUCCGCGAGGCUCUUCACCGCGCACUGCAGGCCUACGGGCCCAAUCGUCGCGCUCUGA